UUGGUCCUGAGCUGUUGCUGCUUUAACCUGAGCUUUGGGUGAGCUAGACUGAUCUGUGACUGAGCUUGGCUGAGCAAGCAUGAGCCGGGUCUGCAUUAGCGCAGACCCGGCUCAGGCGAUGCAUUAGCGCAGAUGACCGCCAGAUUAUGCUGCUCGACAAUAUUUGCUGCCCGCUAAAAUUGGAAAUUUCCAUGUACGCCAGUUCUGGGCUUCUAUCUCACGUGGUACUAAGUGCGUGCGACGCUAGCACUACCAUUCGAGCAAGCUUUCCAUUAGGCUCUGAUCUUUGGCAAUGCUUGGCAUGCGGGGAAACUACAAUGCUGACAAAUAUUUGACUCCAGACUCCAGAUCGCCCUGUUUCCCUAUAGAACUAUUAGGCCUGAUGCAUGAUUAGACGAGCUUCUAAUCCAAUAAAGGCAUACACACUAUAACUACCGUACAUGUCGCACACGAAUCAAUCAUCGGGUCUCAAAAAUAGCAAUACCUCCAGUCUUAUCAUCGACAUAUUUUCAGAGGGGGUACUUGACCGUAAAAUUCGCGACUGCAACAUAACUCCUCCAUUGAAGAGAUUAUUGCUCACGAUAAGUGAAUGACGCCCCGCAUUCUUGCAUAUAUACAUCAUGUCCACAGGACAAAGAAAUGUCUCGUACAGCCGCGCUGUCCAAGCAUGCAAGCGAUGCAAGAGACGUAAGACGAAAUGUAGUGGUUCUCGUCCCUGCCGAAGCUGUGGGGAGGCCGAGCACGACUGUGUCUAUCCAGAUACUGGGCAACAGGCCCAACAGGUUCUUGUUCCUAGAGAGUACCUGAAUUAUCUGGAGGGCCAGAUACGCCUGUCUAAACCCCAUGACGAAUGUGCCACACCGCUGCAGCAUGCACAGGGAAUUUCAUCUCAAAAUGAAGCCACGGCAGCAGCAUGCCUUCCUCUUCCAUUAGACCAACAGCGUCGCAGUCCCUUGACCAGUGCACUUGAUGGUACCAGCGAUUCCGAUGUCCUUGAAAAUCCUCUGAUUAGGGACAUGGCACGACUUGUUUUAGGCCCAUCUGGAACACAUCACUACUUAGGAAACUCCUCAUCAACAUCCCUUGGCCUUCAAUUUGGCGAUGUUGUCAAGUCGCUCAAACCUGACGACUAUAGUGCUGAUAUAGACGUUGAUUAUUCAACUUGUAAUCAUACAGCAUGGCCUAUCGCGCGUCCGCUUCGAUCAACAAUUCGGCCUUUACCUUCUUACAGCACUGCCAUGCAUUUGUAUGCUGUACAGCAUAUGUAUAUUGGUACAGUAUUUUCAUUUGUUGACCCGCACCUGUUUCAGCAACGAUUGGCACAAAUGUACGAGAAAGCGCCCGACCUUUCGCAGCUAGAUACACGUCUCUCGUACUGUCAAAUAAUGUUGGUCUUUGCGUACGGCCAACUGUAUUCGAUCAACCAGUCGACUGGACAUGACGGGCCACCAGGGUUUUCGUACUUCACGGAAGCUUUGGAUUUUCUUCCUGACAUCCGUGAGGAAGGGUCACUUCUCUUUGUAGAAGUACUUUCUCUUGUUGGAUACUUCAUGAUGAUAUUGAACCGCCGAGACACGGCAUUCCUUUAUAACGGGCUUGCAUUCCGGAUGGCAAUAUCACUGGGGCUACAUCAAGAAGUGCCGGAGCUUGUUUUGAUGGAUACAUCUAUGCGAAUAUAUAGAAGGCGCUUAUGGUGGGCUGUAUAUAGUAUGGAUAGGAUUUUAUCUUGCAAAUCUGGCAAUCCAAUCAGCAUUGCUGAUGAAGACAUUAGCGUCUUGCCACCUUCACCUUUACCAGGAGAAGACCAUAUCACGGGCUCAGCAGCAAUAUUAUGGCGAUAUACAACGCUGACGAAGAUUCUCGGAGAUAUUUCAACAAAAAUUUAUCGUAGAACCCGGCAGACAGCAUCCGAACUGAUCGUUUCGGUCCUUGGUCUACUUAAUAACCUUUCAAGCUGGCUUCACGACUUACCAGAAGAGCUACGUCUGAAUCUCACCGAUAUGGACAAAUGUCCAAAUCUAUCGCGAGAAAUCAUUUCAAUAUACCUUCACUACUUCCAAUGUAUUACAAUGACCGCGCGCCCGCUACUCUUCCACGUGGUGGAAAACAGACUCAAGAGUCAGCUAGGUUCCGAUACUGGGCCCGCCGCCUGGAGACAAACCCUCUCUCCUAUAACUGUGGCAGUUAUCGAUACCUGUGUAUCAACUGCUAUUGAUAGCACUGCCGUUAUAUAUGCGGCAGCCAAACAAAAUCUCAUCGCUACAUAUGGUUUUAUGGACAGCGACCAUGUAUUUUCCACUACAAUGGUGCUGGUCAUGGGCAACCUCGCCACUCCCUACAAUGCUCGUUGCCGUGCAUCUACAACAACUGCCCUGUCAAUGCUUCAAUGGAUGGCAGAGCGAGGUAACCAUCAAAGCAAAGCGCGUCAUGAGUUUCUCCUAGGCCUGCGAGCCAAGACUAAACAUCUCUGGCUGUGGUGCCCACCAGAAUCCCAGACAGCCGAUAGCCAGCCUGAGACUGUGCCAGGGGUUACAACCAUGCCUGAGCCUGCCAUAGAAGCUUGUCCGUCAACAUCGGAAGUAUUUGGUGAUAGAAUGGGGAAUGAUGAUACAAAUAGAGCGUACGGAAACGUGGCGCCUCUCCAGCUGCACGGUUGGGACGAUGAGCUUGGAGUUAUGGACGCCACAUUUUGGGAAGAUAGCUAUGGGAAUCUAGAGGUUGGGAUGGACUUCGAUUGGACUACUGUAGCGGAGAAAUAGGUUUUGAUGGACUCUAUGUACUAGAAUAGUGUAAAGGAGCGGAAUAUAAGGUUGGAGGCG